AUGCCCAAAGUAAAAAGUAGAUUAACAUCUCGCGAAGAAAAAUGCUUAAUCGAUGUUGAUAUAAUUUCACCCGAACGUCAUGACUUUGCUUUAGUGUUAUUAUGCUCACGUAUAUUAUAUAGAUGUCAACUUAAAUGUUUUCAAAAUACACAUCUUGAUUCAUCAGAUGUAUGCGACAUCGUUCAAUGCGAGAUUGAAAAAUUACCGGAAUUGCUUUCAGUAAUUGGUGCUUCGUUAGAAGCUCGUGGUAAUUAUAGUAUCAACUGUCAUGAGAAUUUGAUGAUGAUGGAUUUUCGUAAUCAAUUAUUGAAUUCCCCUUUUCCAUUGGAGGUGAUAAAGAAUUUGUUGGUGGCGGAACAAUCUUCUCGAAAUCAUCGAGGUCAUCAUGAAAAAAAUAUAAAAAAAUUGUAUCGUAAUUUGGUGAAUAUGACCGAAGAUCUGAAGAAAUUUAUGCUUGCUUCUCCAUCUCCAUCAAAUAAUAACAAUUCCUCCUCCACAUCUGUACAAUCUCCGUCGACCAGAAAAAGAUUUCAAUUUCGUCCAAUCUUUUUUGUUAAUAGUAAUAUUUUGAGUACAGAAGGUGUUUCUAAUAACGGAGAAGAAUCUUUUAUAAAUCCACCAAAACCGGUUCUUUGGCUUCCAGUUCUUACCAACAAAGAACGUAUAACACAACGGACUACUUCCGCAUUUUCCUUAAGGAAAAAAACAGAAUUCACAAAAAACAAUGGACCAUCAUUCAGACCUCAAUUACUUCGAAUGAAUUUUGUACAAACGUUUGGUAGUAAAGGACAGCCAUCAACAUCGUCAUCAUCACGUCAAUCCAGUUCUAUUAUUUCUCAUCGUAAUAACAAACCAUCAUCACCAAGUUUAGGAGAAAGACGUCGAGUAAAUUCAUUACCUUCAUCAUCGAUGCAAACAUAUUCACCACAUUUCCAAAGAAAACUACCUAUUCAUCCACCUCCACUUCCUCCUAUAACUAAUGACACCACAACUAUUUAUGAGAAUGAAAAUUUUAUGUUAGAAUAUUAUGGUAAUGAACAAUUAACUUCAAGAUUUUUACCCGUAACAUCUAUUAAUGCUAUUAUAAGUCAUGAACGAUUAAAUAUUUCUUCGCUUAAAACUACAACUACUACCAAUACCACAAUCACUGAUAAUUCAAAUUUAUCUAAUAUGGUUUCCCCUUCUUCUACUUCUUCCUCUUUACCCACAACACCUACUUCACCAACAUUACCGACAUUCUCUACUUUACCAACAUUAACAACUUCAACUUUAUUACCUUCACUACCAGUCACAUCAAUAUCAAUGACUUUAGUUAAGCCAACACCGAAAAAUAUUACACCUAUUAAUACUGAUCCUAAAGUGUUACUUCAUCCAAAAAACUCUAAAGAUUUAUUAUAUACACCAUCGUCAUCUUUAUCACCUACAAAAAAUUGUACUUGUGGUCCGUUGAGGUCUACUGAUGAUUUUCGUCAUUUAUGUCCUUGCAUAAUUAAUCAUCACUCUCCACCUUUCUCUAUGUCAAGUGAUAAUAGUGUUAGAUCUAAUUCUUUAUUCAAUAUCAAUAGUAAUACGCGUUAUGAAGAUGGAUUCGAGAAAAAUUUGUUCUUCCAUCAUUAG